AUGGAAGAAAACAAAAACGCUUUAUUCGGAGCCCUAUCCAAAGCUCUUUCAGUUAACAUCCACAAGCCCAGUAUGUAUUUAGAAAAGCUUCCAGCAGGCUCUCCACCUACCCGUCAACGAGUUUAUGAGCUUCUAUCGAAAGACCAACGUAUGCUUGCAUUCGAUUUUUUGUCCAGUAUUACUACUAGUACACCAAGACUGGACUAUAUUGAUGCUGUGCUGUUUGCUGCAAGAUUUUUGCUUGGCAACCAACUUAUAAACGAAUGCUACAUUUUCUUAAAAAUUUGUCAAAAUCAUUUAGAAAGGACAUGGGGUGAGCCGAUUGAUUAUUCUCUUGUGGAAGAAAUAGGAAAUAUGUUUUAUUUGACUGGCCAGUGUAAUGAAGCUGUCAAGUGGUACGAAAAGUUAAUGGAAAUGAACGAAGCCCCUGAAAGCAAAAUGUAUUUUAAUAUUGGCAUGUGCUACCAAGUAAUGGGAAACAUUUCUCAAGCGAUUGAAGCCUACUUAAAAAGCACACUCGCAGAUUCAAGAUUUACAAAAUCCUGGGUCAAUCUUGGAAGCUGCUACUUACAAAUUGGCAAAGGCGACAAAGCGAUUGCUGCUUUUCAAAAUUUGCCACUUUCAGCUGAAAGUUUGACUUGCAUUGGAAACGCGUACUUUAAAAUGGGGAAUUUCGAAGAAGCGAUUGCUCAUUAUUUAAGAGCAAUUGAAAUUAAAGAAGAGCCAGGGACUUACAAUAAUUUGGGAGCUGCUUUAAAAAAGGUUGGACUAUUGCAAGAUGCGAUUUAUGCAUUUAAUGAUUCUUUGGCACUGCAACCAAAUGCAGAUGCAGGAGCGAAUUUGUUGAUUUUAUAUAUUGAGACAGGAAAAUUUACUGAGGCUCAAACACUCUUUAGAAGCAUUGCGAGAAUUUUGCCUUCCAACGAGUCAAAAAUGAUUUCUAAAAUCCUUGACGAAAGAAAGCCAGCAGAAAGAAGAAGCACUAUGAUUGGUAAUAAAGCUAUAGAAGGGUUAUUGGGAAAUUUAAUAGCACCUGCGCUAUCGAGAAGGCAAACAGCUGUUAAUCCUUUCAAUGUCACAAGUAGCCCUCAAAGCAAAUCUCCAGUUACUCAAAAAUCUCCCAAUAAUACUAGCCCUUCGAAUAUUUUUGGUAACGCUCUUCGUAAAAUUAAAAAAUAG